UCCACAAGAAGAAGAUGCAGAGCUUCUGCUGGAAGAUUCUGGAAGUCUCUUGUUUGCUUCGUACACCGAGUCAUAAGGCGAGCAGGGAUUGCACCACAUUUCACGAUUAACCUGUUUGUGAGCAAAUAUGGUGAAGGAAACGGGUUUUUAUGAUAUGCUGGGUGUAAAACCCAGUGCCAGCCCUGAAGAACUGAAGAAGGCCUAUCGUAAACUGGCAUUGAAAUAUCACCCAGACAAAAAUCCAACAGAGGGGGAAAAGUUCAAACAGAUCUCCCAGGCCUAUGAGGUUUUGUCAGAUGCCAAGAAGAGAGAAGUGUAUGACCGGGGAGGUGAGAAGGCCAUCAAGGAAGGUGGAAAUGGAGGGUCGUGUUCCCCCAUGGACAUUUUUGACCUUUUCUUUGGAGGAGGUGGGCGAAUGCACAGGGAGAGGAGAGGGAAGAACGUGGUGCAUCAGCUGACCGUAUCUUUGGAGGACCUCUAUAAUGGAGCCACCAGGAAACUUGCUCUCCAGAAGAAUGUCAUUUGUGACAAAUGUGAAGGUCGUGGAGGCCGUAAAGGAGUAAUUGAAGUGUGUCCGCUGUGCCGUGGGGUGGGUGUCCAGGUUAGAUUACACCACUUGGCUCCUGGCAUGGUCCAGCAGAUCUCGACAGUGUGUGCGGGGUGUCAGGGACAAGGCCAGAGACUCGGUCACCGCGAUCGCUGCAAAACAUGCACAGGUCGCAAGAUACUACGACAGAAGAAGAUCCUGGAAGUGCACAUUGAUAAAGGUAUGAAAGAUGGACAGAAAAUAGUGUUUCAUGGAGAAGGGGACCAAGAGCCUGGGCUCGAACCUGGAGACAUCAUCAUCGUCUUGGAUCAGAGAGGACAUCCGCUUUACACCAGGCAAGGAGAGGAUCUUAUUGUGAGCAUGGAGCUGCAGCUGGUGGAGUCAUUGUGUGGUUUUCAAAAGCCCAUCAAAACACUGGACAGCAGAACUCUGCUCAUAACGUCUCAUCCAGGGGAACUGAUCAAACCUGGAGAUAAGAAAUGUGUUGUGAAUGAGGGGAUGCCUAUGCACCGUCGGCCAUUUGAGAAAGGGAAGCUCAUCAUUCAUUUCAAUGUGGUCUUUCCUGAAGAGAACUUUCUUCCACUAAACAAACUGAAGGAGCUGGAAAGGUUUCUGCCUGACAAACAGGCGAACGCGGAGCCCGACAGCAUGGACGAUGACCUCUACAUCUACGCCGACCUCGAGGACUGUGACCCGAGCCACGAAGGCCAUCAUUACCACUACAUAGAAGAGGAAGACUUUUACCCUUCAGGAGGAGUGCAGUGCCAGACCUCAUAGAGAUCCGCUUUACUUGCCCUUCGCAAACACCACCUCUGCUGGAUUACCAGCAAUUAAAGGACCAAGAGGAACAUCCGAUACCUCUCAACUAUAGUUGUGUGCCUAGCAUAAGACCUCUCAGUGCCGACCUCUUGUGUCAUCAUUGUGUGGAAGAAUCCCCUAAACCAAAUUCUGGAGCUAACUUUUAAAUAAAAUAAAUGUAGGGGAUUUGGAAAUGGAGACUGGCAGUCAGUCUAUAAAAAAUGUGACCCUGAAAAUGGAGGAGGAAUCAGGUGUAAAGCUGUUUGUGCCAUAAUCCCAGAAAUUUCCAGCUUUACAAAUCUUCGAUUUUUAGUUUUUUUGUACUAUAAUUGUAAUACAAUUUAAGCUACACUCGAAGACACUCAAACAGCUUAUUUUAAAUGAGCUGAAACAACACAAUUUUUGAGUGUUUUUUUGGGACAACUUAAGUGUUUUAUGUUCACGUCACAUAAAUUUGUAAAAACUAAUGAGUUAACUUGAUUCCUUCAUGUUGUCCCUACACAAGUCGAUUGUUUUGUUUUUUUACCGUGUACUUGAUCUUGAUGUUGUCGGUCAUUUGUUAUGUGCCAGUUAAUAAUUUUUAGAGCGUUUUAAACUUAAAAUGGUGGUUCUUUGAAAGGAAAAAAAAGAUGUUGUGUUGAAAACAAUUUCAGACUGUGAUGCAUUUCUAAGAAGCCUUACUGUGUGGAAAGUGUUAUUAGCUCACUGCUGUCUAACACACUGACGUUUUGUUUAUAUCUCAGUUCCUGGCCGAAUAACAUUUCAGCAAGUUUUAGUUUUCAUUGGAACUAAGAAAUUACUGCCAAGGAUUUUGACAAAACUAAAUCAUGUUGCAUUUGUUUGUAAUUUGAGAAGUUCAUCUAAAAACAAAACAAAAAAAUAAGCUUUGCAGAAUGUUCCAUUUAUAAGGGUAGUACACCAAAAAUGGAACAUUUUGAUCUCUUUUAAAGGUGCUGUAUGUACGUUUUUGACUCUUCUAAAACAUUAAAAUACCAUAAUAUGUUUAAAGUGAAUAUAAGUGAACAUUCUUGUUUAUCUGUAAACACAUGCUAAAUCAGAUAUUCUGCUUUGAAAAUUUACAUUACGUGCCAGAACGUCUGUCUUUGUUUUGGUCCCUUUAAUCCGCCCAAUGCCUGUUUAGCCAAUUAUAUUUCAGCACUCCAGGUUGCCUUGAUAGAAAACCGCUUGUUCAUUCAUUCAUUCAGUCAGGAAGGCUCUCAAAGUACGCAUCUGUGACUAAAAUGCAACAGAAACAGCCUCUGAAAUGAGAUGCAGAUUCAGAGUUCCACUUAAGGUGGUUAUUAAUUAGCAAAUAAUAUAAAUAUUAUGAACAUAAACAUUAGGUGAGCAGGUUACAUUGUAAACCUGUGUUUUAACAACACACUACAGAACACUACAGAAAUUUAAAUACAGCCAUUCAGAAGUACAGAAUAGUGCACUUACUGCACUCCAGCAAAAUGGUAAAGUUUAUAAUCUAAUUAAUACAUUUUAAACCUCUUUAAACUCCUUUUUAAUAUGGAAAAUAUUCCAUCUAUCGCGUGCCGCUGCUUUUAUUUAGAACAUGGUUUAAAUCAGCUUUUAGGCUCGAUGGUCAGGCACGCUCCUGUUGAUGUCAUCAAUCUGGCAACCUGCGCUUGUAUGUGUUUUGAACCAGGCGUGCAAUACCUAGUUCAACCACUGGGUGUCAAACUUACAUACUGCACCUUUAACAUUACACUUUAUUGAUUUAUUGUGUGUUGACUGAAGAAUUGUGUACAAUUGUGGAGUUUUGAUUACGAACGCUAACAUGGCCCUUUGUAGUUCUAUUUAUAAAAUAAAUGUCACAAUGUUAUUUA